AUGCAACCUCACAUGCCGAAUCGACCAAGAUGGGGGGGAGACUUAUUUCCACGCAUGACGGGACUACAGUUGCUUCUGUUCGAAAUGAAUGCCCCUGAGCUUGCAAACAUCUAUGUGUUCCUCAAAAAGAGCGGCUGUUCUAAUCUAGAGAGGCUAUUUGUGCAGCUCCCUAUUGCCCCCUAUGAGCCCUUGGUUGAUUCGUUUGACUAUGUUGGGUUAGAGCCACCAACGGAUGUUUCGGAAAACCUCAAGGUGGUAAAGAUUACGAACUUCAGUUGGAACCGCUUUGAGCUGCAGCUGGUGUGUUUCUUGUUGAGAAAGGCUAGAUCUCUUCGUAAACUGCUAUUGAUCACUCCCAGUUUGGUGCCAUUGCACGUGCCUGGUAUUCAGAAGGCAGACCUUUUGUUUCUUGCAGAAGCUCUGGCGAAUGGAAAAGUAAUUCUCAGUGUGUCUGACGAUGCGGCAACCCAGCCAUUUCAUUCGGAUGUCUCUGCCGACUUUUAG